AUGUCAUCUUCUCAUACGCCGGCCUCGAGCCCCCCCUCCCAACUCCUCGACCUAAUCACAGAAGGCAAAGUCGGCGGCGUUAUCCUCUUCGGCGAAAAUGUCGACGACAACCUCACAAGCGUCGUCAACGUCCUGCAAACAACGUACAAGCAAAGCCCUCACUACUCCGGCAGUCCCCUCUUCAUCAUGACCGACCAAGAAGGCGGCAACGUCCGCCGCUUACCCGGCGGACCAGAGCAAAGCGCCAAGCAAGUGGGCCAAUCUGCGGACCCGCAAGCCGCAGCAACGCAAAUGGGCAUCGACGCCGCAACAGUCAUGACAACCUACAAGAACAACGUGAACCUCGCACCCGUACUCGACGUCUACCGCGAGGAAGGCGACUUCGCCGACAAGCCCGGGCGAUCAUUCAGCAACUCGUCCACGCUCGUCGGGACGUGCGCCUCAGCAUUCAUCACCGCACAGCAGUCAGCGAACGUGGUCGCGGCGGCCAAGCACUUCCCCGGUCUCGGUGCGGCGGGUGCAAGCGAGAAUACGGAUCUGCAGCCCGUGACUAUUGAUUUGACACUUGAGGAACUGCGGAAGAUCGAUAUGGCGCCGUAUACCAAGGCUAUUGCUGCAGAUGUGGAUAUGGUCAUGACGUCUUGGGCUCUUUAUCCUGCUUUGGAUGCGGAUUAUCCGGCUGGAUUGAGCAAGACGAUUAUUCAGAAUGAGUUGCGGGACAGACUUGGGUUCAAGGGUGUUACUAUCACUGAUGCUAUUGAGGCUGGAGCUCUGACUGAUUUCGGUGAUUAUGCUAAUCGGGGCUUGUUGGCUGCGCAGGCUGGUGUGGAUAUCUUGCUUGCUGCUGCAAGGGAUUAUACUCAGGGAGAGGAUGUUUAUAAUGCUCUUCUUGCUGCGUUGGAGGAUGGGUCUCUGGAUAAGGAUGCGUUCUCUGCUGCGACGGAGAGAAUUUUGGAGGUUCGGAAUAAGCUUACGUCCUAG